CACGGUUUUACGAAUUUUUCCUCCUCGAUCACCGAAUGACCGGCUACGCUUGCUCAGGUCCCCUUGUUCCCGUAGUUUCUCUGGUCCCUGGAACCGACAUCACCGCCAUACGCGAAUUAGAAGGUACGUGGCUAAGGUAAAACCGAAACCGUUGUGCAUCCGCCCGUCCUAGAGCAACCAAGUUUCCGCAUCGCCCUUCGUGCCCUUGCCCCCAAGCCUCCUGCAGCGAGGAACGUUUCUUUUCCGUCUCUCCACGCUGCAAUAAAUUCCUGGACAUGCCCUCACCGCCAAAACGUUCCGACUCUUCUCUCCGCUCAACCUCGUCUUCGUCUUCGUCUUCGCCUUCGCAGACAAACGCCUCCACCCGACUGACUCAGAUCAGGAAUCACACAAUGGGUUCUGCGUCGACUGAUACGCCGCCGACUCUGUUCGACGCCAAUGUCGUCCCUCAAGCUCCUGAGGACCCUCUGUUUGGGUUGAUGGCCGCCUACCGAAAAGACCCCUUUGAGAAGAAGGUGGAUCUGGGCAUCGGCGCAUACAGAGACAACAAUGCGAAACCCUGGGUGUUGCCUGUGGUCAAGAAGGCCGAUGAGAUCCUACGAAACGAUCCCAACCUCAACCACGAAUACCUUCCUAUCGCCGGUCUCCCAGAGUUCACUUCAGCGGCUCAGAAACUCAUCCUCGGUGGAGACAGCCCCGCGAUCCAGGAAGGACGGGCCUGCAGCCUCCAAACCAUCUCAGGAACCGGCGCCGUCCAUCUAGGCGGUCUCUUCCUCUCCAAAUUCCUCCCUAAACCGACCCCCGCCAUCUACCUAUCCAGCCCAACAUGGGCCAACCACAACCAAAUCUUCACCAACGUCCAGCUCCCGAUCAAGUCCUACCCCUACUUCUCCGCGAAGACAAAGAUGCUUGACUGCGACGGUCUCCUCUCGACCUUGAAAUCCGCGCCUGAACGAAGCAUUAUUCUACUGCACGCCUGCGCACACAACCCCACAGGCGUCGACCCAACACCGGACCAGUGGAAACAGAUUGCUGAAAUCAUGCGCGAGCGCAAACUAUUUCCCUUCUUCGACUGCGCGUAUCAGGGUUUCGCUUCAGGGGAUCUGGCACAGGACAACUUUUCGAUCCGCUAUUUCGUGGAACAGGGUUUUGAGUUGGUCAUUGCUCAGUCCUUCGCAAAGAAUUUUGGUCUGUAUGGCGAGAGAGCGGGCGCGUUCCAUUUCGUGGCAGCACCGGGGGCCAACGCACAGGAUGUGGCCAAACGUGUCUCGUCCCAACUUGCCAUCCUACAACGUUCGGAGAUCUCCAAUCCACCCGCAUACGGUGCCCGGAUCGCCUCCCUCAUCCUGAACGAUCCACAACUCUUCAAGGAGUGGGAACACGAUCUGCGCACCAUGUCCGGGCGUAUCAUCGAGAUGCGAAAGUCGCUGAAAGCGGAACUUGACCGGUUGGGCACUCCCGGCACAUGGGACCACAUUACGAGUCAAAUCGGCAUGUUCAGUUUCACGGGCAUCAGCGAGAAGCAGGUGUUGGCGAUCAGGGAGAAGUGGCAUGUGUACAUGACCAAGAACGGCCGGAUCAGCAUGGCCGGCUUGAACACGGGCAACGUGCACUACUUUGCAGAGGCUCUAGACGAUGUGGUGAGGCAUGUGCAAUGAAGUCGAUCUGGUUGACGGUGACGGGGGGAGGACCGGAAUGGAUGGUAUGGAAAGGGGGGGGCAUGAUCCAAAAUGGGAUGAUCUUCAUGGUUUGGUAAUAUGAGAUGGCCCUGGAAGAGGGCGGUGCAGGGAGGGCAGAGCAAGAGCACCGGUGAGCUUGCACAGAGGCACUGAAGCCGGACGGCCGCGAUGGAGCUUUGGAAAAUGGGGUUCAUCAACUCAAUGCUUUUCUCCUUCUACAGGCACAAGAGCUGGACAUGGCAUGGCAUGGCAUGCGUGGAGAAACAGGGCAAAACGGGGGGCCAUAAAAGUCGGAUCUCAAACUUCUGGUUUUCUUUGCUAUACUCUUCUUUGCCGGAAAGUGUAAACCAUCGAACGAGCCACAGGCACAAAUGCAAAGACCUACAAUGCCAAAAGGAGCAGCGAGUUGGAAUCGUGCAACAAGAUGAGGGAGAAGGUGAAACACCUCGCUGUACCCUCGUCCUCUCGGAUCUUUUCCCCAUCUUCAUCGACGGUACCCUCUACGUUCUCUGUGCAUUGAUCGGAAGGAUCUACUCGUGCAGGCUGGAAGACUGGGAACAUGGAUUUACAUUGAUCGAGUCCUUGGCGUUGUAUUACAAUGCAUUGCAAUCCCUG